AGAGAGAGAGAGAGAGAGAGAGAGAAUGAGAGAAAUUCGCGAGCAAGGCAACCCGGCUCGUAAAUCAUUACGAUUCAUAAGCAUUAAAAUGGGGUAAAGUACAAAGAGGGAGAGAAGCGUUGCCUUCUAAACGACUAAAGUCAGGGCAAACAACCUGGGAGGAAGCGUCCUUUGCGCGAACGAGUUAACGAUUUUAACCGAGACUCCUGUCGGUCUUAACGACUGACGCGUACUUUGAUUGUUUGUAUUGUUAACGAGGUGCAAUAAAUUACAAUUGACCAGAGAGAGCAAAAAGUUUGAUAAUAAAAUUGUCCGCGCGUUCGCUAAUCGAAGUUCAACGAAAACGGCCAUUAUUGUCACGUCUACGUCAUGUAUAGACGUCAAGAAUUAAUCGAGGAAGUGACAAGCCGUUCUAAACGUCGUUGUUGCCCGCGGCAAUUCAAGCUCGCAUUUUGGGCCCGUCGAUCAGCCCGUAAGCCAAUAUGUAUACACGCAACAAAUCGCUUAAUAAUUACGUAUGACUGUUCCGGAUGUGGCUAUACUGUCGAGAGUGAUGAUCAAUAGUCGAGGCUAUGUCAUUGAACUUGUCUCUGUCCAGGCAUCGUGUACAACGCGGCAAACAAAGAGAUAAGGCCACCGAGCACCAACCAUGGCCGCCCUUUCGAGGCAUUUCCCGCGUCCUUCUCAGAGAAACAAAAUGAUGAUCGACAACUGCGUCUUCGUCGAGGCUACACAUACGUCAGUACCGAGAGUACCGACGAAAUACGAAGGCGGUGAAGGGUCCGCGAGUUGAGGCCGUGAACGAUCAGGCAGUCCUUGGCAGUGCUCCUCCAACAAGUGGCCGACGCAAGAAGAAGAAAAAAAAAAGAGAAAAAAAGAAAAGAACGAGCAAUCGCGCUACGUGAGGACGGCAACAGGAAUCUGCGGCCGGGACCGGAUGGCCCGGGCGCAAAGAGGUGGGAGAGGUCAGUCCCGACGAAUAUAAGGGGUCCUAGACGCCGUGCUCGGGUACCACUCGCUCUUCAGUGCUCUGCCGUAGUACGAAGCAACGACAAAGUCUCCUCCAGUCAUCAUGUACAAGAUCGUCGCUCUCUUCGCCCUGCUGGCCUGCGCCAUGGCCGCGCCGGCUCCCGGCUACCUGGCGGCGCCUGCCCUCCACGCGGCGCCGGUCGUCGCGGCGGCGCCCGCGGUCGCGGUUGCCCACACCGUCCCGGUCGCCCACGCCGUCCCGGUCGCCACCAGCUACGCCAAUACCUACAAGGUGUCUGUGAAGAGCCCGCUCGUGGCCGCCGCCCCGCUCGCCUAUACCGCGCCGAUCCUCAAGACUGCCCCGGUCGUCGCUGCCGGCCCCGUCGUCCAUGCCGCACCGCUCGCCUACGCCGCCCAUGCCCCCAUCGUCGCUCUUCAUUAGGAGAUAAUCAUUCAUCAAUCAUCACCCCUGUUUCGACCGUCUCUCCUCAAGAUUGACACGCCGACCGUGAAGACGUCGUCCUUCACUCAUCACCUGGACGCGUAACGAUUCAUCGGAACGACCGGCCGAAUCGACCGGCAUCAUCGACCAGUCAGGCGGCACCGUAUUCUCGAUCAUGUACACCUUGUACCGACCUGUCCACACGGCGGUCGAACGACCGAUCGCUACGAUUAAUCAAUAAAGUUGCCAUUUCUGCCUUCAAACAAA